AUGAAAACCCUCGCAACCAUCCUCGCCGCUGCCAUCUUGGCUCGCGCAGAGUUAGCUACCACAUCUUUGCCCCCUCUGUCAGACAUCAAGGCUGCUGCCGCUACUACCCUGCCCGAAUCCCCUACCUCCGACGUCAAGGGCCUUGCCUUUAACCGGUUUUAUCAGGUCUGGCUCGAGAAUAUCGACUAUUCCGACGCCGAGUCCGAUCCUAACCAGGAGUGGCUGGCCAAACAGGGUAUUCUGCUUACCAACUUCUAUGCUCUGACCCACCCCUCGGAGCCCAAUUACUGUGCCGCUGCCGGCGGUGACACCUUUGGAAUGGACAAUGACAACUUCAACCAGAUCCCUGAAAAUGUCUCCUCCAUUGUUGAUCUUCUCGACACCAAGGGUAUCUCGUGGGGCGAGUACCAGGAGCAUAUUCCAUACCCCGGCUACCAGGGCUACAAUUACUCCAACCAGAAUACUUACGCACCCGACUAUGUCCGCAAGCACAACCCGCUCAUGCUUUACGACUCGGUCGUCAAAAACGAGACCAAGGCUCGCCAGAUCAAGAACUUCACGCAUUUCGAUGAGGACUUGAAGAAUAAGAAGCUUCCCCAGUGGGCUUUCAUCACUCCCAACAUGACCAAUGAUGCCCAUGACACCAACAUCACUUUUGCAUCCAAGUGGGAACGCCCGUGGGUUGAGAAGCUUCUGAAGAACGACUACUUCAUGAAGGACACUCUACUUCUUUUGACCUAUGAUGAGGAUAAAACCUACAUCCACAAAAAUGGAAACCGGGUCUUCUCUAUCCUCGUCGGUGGAGCGGUACCCGAGCACCUGAAGGGUACCACGGACGACACCUUCUACACUCAUUACUCAACCAUUGCCUCCGUCAGCGCUAACUGGGGACUCCCCAGUCUGGGUCGUUGGGACUGUGGCGCCAAUCUGCUGCAAAUCGUCGCCAACAAGACGGGCUACGUCAACUACCAAGUCGACACAACUAACCUGCUUCUGAACGAAACCUACCCUGGUCCAAUGGCAGAUGGUGAGUACGCCAAGUUCUCCCCCGAAUGGCCAGUUCCUUUGACCAGCGGCAACUGCUCUGCCGGUCACGGUAUUCUCGACGCCGUCAAGAAGACUUAUGCUGGAAAGGCUGCGACUUAUAACUACACCAGCCCUUACCCAUGGAACGAGAAAGUCGGUUACAAUGAUAAGGUCACUGUUAGCAAAUCCUCAAACUCCAGCUCGGCCUCCAGCAGCCCUUCUGCGUCUUCCACGAAGAAGAAUUCCGCUGCCGUCGUGAGUGUCUCUAGCUCCCUGGCUCUGACCGGAGCUCUG